CAGUGCGCGCAGCCCGCGCGGAGCCGGCUCAGAGCGAGAAAAGCGAACCCAACCCGUCGGGGCCGCCGCUCCGGACCCGCAGCCGCCGCCGCCUCCUCCCCCCGGAUCGGGUGUACUGUCCCAACCCGAAAGUCCAGUUCUGCGGCCCGGCAGCGGCGAGCGGGCGCGAUGACACAGGAGUACGACAACAAACGGCCAGUGUUGGUUCUUCAGAAUGAAGCACUUUAUCCACAGCGGCGGUCCUACACUAGUGAGGAUGAGGCCUGGAAAUCCUUCCUGGAAAACCCUCUCACUGCAGCGACCAAAGCGAUGAUGAGCAUCAAUGGAGACGAAGACAGCGCCGCUGCACUGGGCCUGCUCUAUGACUACUACAAGGUUCCAAGAGAGAGAAGGUCAUCAACAGCAAAGCCAGAGGUGGAGCACUCCGAGCCAGAUCACAGCAAAAGAAACAGCAUACCAAUUGUGACAGAGCAGCCCCUCAUCUCUGCUGGAGAAAACAGAGUGCAAGUACUGAAAAAUGUGCCGUUUAACAUUGUCCUUCCCCAUGGCAACCAGCUGGGCAUUGAUAAGAGAGGCCAUCUGACAGCUCCAGAUACGACAGUCACUGUCUCCAUAGCAACAAUGCCUACCCACUCCAUCAAGACAGAAACCCAGCCACAUGGCUUCGCUGUGGGAAUCCCCCCAGCAGUGUAUCAUCCUGAGCCCACUGAGAGGGUGGUGGUUUUCGAUCGGAACCUCAGUACUGACCAGUUCAGCUCUGGUGCUCAAGCCCCAAAUGCUCAAAGGCGAACUCCAGACUCGACCUUCUCAGAGACCUUCAAGGAAGGCGUUCAGGAGGUUUUCUUCCCCUCGGAUCUCAGUCUGCGGAUGCCUGGCAUGAAUUCAGAGGACUAUGUUUUUGACAGUGUUUCUGGGAACAACUUUGAAUAUACCCUAGAAGCUUCAAAAUCACUUCGACAGAAGCCGGGAGACAGUACCAUGACAUACCUGAACAAAGGCCAGUUCUAUCCUAUCACCUUAAAGGAGGUGAGCAGCAAUGAAGGAAUCCAUCAUCCCAUCAGCAAAGUUCGAAGUGUGAUCAUGGUGGUUUUUGCUGAAGACAAAAGCAGAGAAGAUCAGUUAAGACAUUGGAAGUACUGGCACUCCCGGCAGCACACUGCUAAACAAAGAUGCAUUGACAUAGCUGACUAUAAAGAAAGCUUCAACACUAUCAGUAACAUCGAGGAGAUUGCGUAUAAUGCCAUUUCCUUCACGUGGGACAUCAACGAUGAAGCAAAGGUUUUCAUCUCUGUGAACUGCUUAAGCACAGAUUUCUCUUCCCAGAAGGGAGUGAAGGGGUUGCCUCUUAACAUUCAAAUUGAUACCUAUAGUUACAACAACCGCAGCAACAAGCCUGUGCACCGGGCCUACUGCCAGAUCAAGGUCUUCUGUGACAAGGGAGCUGAGCGGAAAAUCAGGGAUGAAGAACGAAAGCAAAGCAAAAGAAAAGUUUCUGAUGUUAAAGUGCCACUGCUUCCCUCUCACAAGCGAAUGGAUAUCACUGUUUUCAAACCCUUCAUUGAUCUCGAUACUCAGCCUGUCCUCUUCAUUCCUGACGUGCACUUUGCCAACUUGCAGCGGGGCACUCAUGUCCUUCCCAUUGCCUCUGAAGAAUUGGAAGGUGAAGGCUCUGUCUUGAAAAGGGGGCCGUAUGGCACAGAAGAUGACUUUGCUGUCCCUCCUUCUACCAAGCUGGCCCGGAUAGAAGAACCAAAGAGAGUGCUGCUCUACGUUCGAAAGGAGUCAGAAGAAGUCUUUGAUGCCCUGAUGCUCAAAACCCCAUCUUUGAAGGGCUUGAUGGAAGCUAUCUCAGACAAAUACGAUGUUCCCCAUGACAAGAUUGGGAAAAUAUUCAAGAAGUGUAAAAAGGGGAUCCUGGUGAACAUGGACGACAACAUUGUGAAGCAUUACUCCAAUGAGGACACCUUCCAGCUGCAGAUUGAAGAAGCCGGGGGGUCUUACAAGCUCACCCUGACUGAGAUCUAAAGGCCUGCGGGCCGCAGCUCCCCAGGAGUUCAGUGCAGGCGUUUCUGGAUCUUAUGGUUUGGCAAGUGCAGGUAGCCGCAGUCAGCCGUGUCGCCAGCACAGGCCUAUGUCGAGGGAAGCGGUUCCUUGCAGGUUGGAGGCGGGGCUGCAUCUGGCUUGGUGGUAGCAUUUAAUCUAUUGCAUUGGCAUUUUCAGAUGAAAGAGAAAUCCAUAUACCAUUAUGUUUGAAUUUCCUGAUAUAUACAGGAUUUAAAGUGAAAACUUUAUUCCAAGAGUUAACAGAGUCUCUGGGAAGCUUUAGGACGUCUGCUACGUUACUUAUCAAAAUAUUGGGAUAUCUGCCUUGUGCCUACAAUGUCGUGGGCCUGCUCGCUAGCAGAAGUCAGAAAAGGCUUGGCUUUAAGGAUGUCGUGCCCUUGCCUGAAUUCAGUACAACUCCACUGCCUCACGUUAGCGGGAGCGCACCUGAAGAGUACAGGGGUGAGCCCGCUCUCCCCUACCCUCUCACUCUCCAGCAGAUGUUUACUAAACAGGGCAUGUUACUGAAAUCUUCCUUUGCGACUUUCUCGGACAUAUCAACUGCCUUUCUCAUGAAGAAUUUUAAUGGGUUACAGUAUGAAAUCAGUUAAGAUAAAGCUGCAUUGUAUAUAAGUGCAAUAUAUUUUUGAAGGUCUGUAAAUGUGUACAUACAUGUCUUAUAUAAAUAUAUAAUAUAUAAAUAUGGUGUCUGUGUACAUAUAGUGAAGAUACGCAGUAAGAGCUACCUUAAAGACUUUCCCUAGACAAAGGUUAAGUUAUUUUUGAUCGUGUAUACCAAGCAGAUAGAAUACUGUGCUUAGUGGAACUCGCUAAAAACCUUUUUCUCUGUUUUUCCAAACACAGUCAUUCUGUAGCAGAGCAAAACCUUCUCAAAUGACAGAGAUUCUGUUUGCUGUUGAGAAUGUUGUUACUUGGAUUUCUGCACUGUUUAACAAAUGAAGUAAAAGAAAAACACUACUGCAAUCAUGUCUUUUGUUAUGCUAGUAUCAGUCAGAUGCACUUAGAGUGAAGAAACACUGUAAUUACAGCACACAGAUUGCAAGUAUUGCGUACCAAGUGAUACAACUCGAAAUGCAGUUCUCAUCUUCCUGUUUUGAGAAAUGAUUAUUUUAUCAUGCAUCAGAGCCUUCGUGCUUUGAUUAUCUGGUAUGUUAACAAUUCUGGAAGACAUUCAUGAAUUCAUAAGAAUACGUUACUGUGGCAGGGGAACAUUUUGUACACAUUUAAGUAUAUAAAAAUACUAAAAUAUGUAAUUUUAUAACAAAGUCAUGGGUAUCUUUAGGUUCAGGGAACUAGACUAGGUCUUUUGUGUAAAUGGACUGGUAGUUACAGUCUUGGGUUAAAGUAUUCUAAUGAAGUAUGGGAACUAAAUUGCUGGUUUUCUAAGAUAAGAUAUGGGAUAUGGGUCAUAUAACUUUUAUAUUUUUUAUGAAAUUGAUUUUGUCUUGUGUGUUAUUUUUAAUUGUAUCAUUGAAGAUGUAUUUUAAAACAAAGGGAUUAAAUUUUAUAUGUCUAUUU